GCGGGUUUUGUUUGAACCACGUGCUCGAGCUACUCUGCAGAAAAGAUGGCAUCUUCAUCUGGGAAGAAGGUGCAAACUUACGAUGUAUUUGUCGGUAAUUUGCCGCUGGAUGCAGACGAAAAAUCAGUUGGUAAAUUGUUUACAAAGUUUGGAGAAACAAAGAGCAUAUUUGUUAAGGAUGCUAAUUGCACACCAAAGAAGCGAUUUGCAUUUGUUAACUUUAUGUGUGAGCCAGACGCCGAGCAGGCAAUAAAAGAGAUGCAUGACUUUGUAAUCAGUGGUAACAAGCUAAUCGUGAGGAGACAGGAGCUCAGGAAAAAAGUUCCAUAUAAAAGAGAGAAUGAUGACAGAGCAGCUCCUAUCAACAAUGAACCAGCUCCUGUCAAUUUUGGUGGACGGGGUCCUACAGGAGAGAAGGAAAUGGCUUUGGUAACUUAUGUAGAGAAUCCUGUCACAGUUUGGCUUCAGACGUUGACAGAAGAAAACUUGGCACAGAUGACAAACAUCUCGGAGCAGUUAACUGCCUGCUGUCCGGCCGCUCCCAAAGUCAAAGGCACACCACAGAUUGGCAAGGUUUAUGCUGCUAUGUUCUCGGAAGAUGGAGAGUGGUAUCGGUGUAUAGUUAAACAUUUAUUUGGUAGUGAAACACUCAAGGUCCAGUAUAUAGAUUAUGGAAAUACAGAGGAGAUUCAUGCCAACCAGCUCCUGGAGAUCCCUCCUACUGUAGCAGCUCACAAACCUCUGGCUUACAAAAUGGUGCUGCACAAUACCAAAGCUAAAGAUGUCACAGACCAGAAUGGCAUUCGUUUCCUCAGAAAACAAACAGAAAAUAAACAACUACUGGCAUUUAAGACAAGACCAUUACAGGAUGGGACUGGGUUCUAUGGCUACUUGUCAUUUGAAGGUGAUCCUGUAAAUAUUAAUGACAAAGUUGUCAAUGAAGGAUUUGCUAGUAAGCGGCCUUCCAUGGGGGUAGUAAGAGGAAUGGGAGGGGAAAGUAUUAGUCCAGCACGCAGUCUCACUUCAGUUACCUCUGGCAGCAAUAUCGGAAAUGGAGAUGUCAGCAACAUGGGAAGCAAUACCAGCUUAAACAGUUACAUGACAAACGAGUCAGGAUACGGUAAUCGUAACAAGUCUGCUAACACCAGUCCAAUGAAAGCAAACCAAAGUGUCAAGAAAUCUCAGUACCCAGGAAAAUCUCCACAGGGUAUGAAUAUGCCUCCUUCCUUCAGUGUACCCCCACCUCUGAUGAACACAAACUUUACCUCACCUAAUACAGCAAUGAACCAUUUCUACAGCAAAGGCAGCCCAAUAGACAAUAGCACAAGUCAGCAGAGGGCAGAAGAAAUUGCUCACCAUUUAGAAAUCCAAAAAACACUGCAAAAUGAUGUAAACAAAAAGAAAAGAGAAAUUGACAAACUUCGUACUGAUUUGGCUCGGAAAGAGCUGGAGUUGCAGCAAGUAUCAGCCAGCAAAGUUCAGGUUCGUUCUGUGGUUGACUUGGCAAAGAAAGUCAAAAGUCUCAGAUUACAGUUUCCGACAGGCCGAGCCAGUGGUUUGGAUGAGGCUAUUGAGCUGGCUUUGUCAGCAGAAAGAGUCACUAAUUCCUCUGUGACCACACUACAACAUGUCAUCACUGCUGUAUCAACUUACAGAGCAUUACAGAAGGAAAUAUGCAAUGCCAAAGACAUUGGUGAGUUGGAUUCUCUAGUGGAGACCAGAGACCUGGCCAGGAAGAACCUGUAUGACAAACUGACCGAGUGUGUACAGGAGCUGGAAGUCAUGCCUCUCGACGUCAGACAUGACUGUGUCACGAAAGCAGAAGCGAAAGUGACAAGUAACUACAAAGCAUUUAUGUACAUCAGUGUUCAUGGCUGUCCAAGUUUAGAGGACUUGAUUCAUGGCUUUAGGGAUUGGAAGAAGAAGAAGGAAGCAGAGUUCUGCCAUGUUCGGGAAAACACAAACAUUUGUCAGCGAGAAGUCACUAAAGCACUGCAUCAGCUAGAGGGGGUGCUGGAUUUGGAGGCAGAUGACUCAGAUGAAAAUGUGAAUUUGGAGAUCAACACUUUAUUGAAAACCUACAUGCAGGCACUUCAACAGGAAAUAGCCAUCACUGAUAUGGAGCGAAGCCAAGAUUCAAGUUUGGUAGCUACAGUGCUUACAGCCAUCUUAAAUGAACUCCAUGGAGAGAUAGGAGUACUUGACAACUGUAGACAGUUUAUGGCUGAGUUCUCCCAGAUGAAGGCUGGGAUUGAACCUUGGCUGGAUAUCAAGCCGAACUUUGAUGACAUUCAGGAGUGUAGGAAGAACAUCAGGUCCCUUAAGUCUAAGUUACGCCACAUGGAGGCGGACAGACUGGAUUUAGAGGAGAGUGGAGAAAAUGAGGAGGAGAAAGUAUUAAAGACAGAAAUUGAGGGAUUACAGUACCAGCUCCAUCAAGCCUUAGUUAAUCAUGAUCAACUUGUGGUUGAGUUAGCCAAGGUAUCUGAUUCUCACUUCCCAGAGCUGCUGAUCAAGCAUCAGGAUACAGGAAUUAGAACGUAUCUGGACUACAGUGGCGUAGUGAAGACAGGAUGGGAAGUGGAACAUUUUACUUUGACUCCAGCAGUGAGACCAGGGAUGUACUCAAGCACUUUCUGUGGCAACCCAGUUUAUGUACAGGAAUAUCAUGUCGGAGACAGUGAACAUCUCAGGAAGGAAGAUUUCCUUGCUCAGAUCAUGGCCUACUGUGGCAUAUCCACUGACUCAGAUUCUCUUGGUGGGAUACAGGCGGUGUUCUUCACAAAGAAUGAGCGUAUUGGAUAUGUAGUUAUAAGUGUGGAACAAAUCCAAGAUUUGGAGACCUUUAUGAAUGAGCCAGGAUUUGAUGACAAGAGAAGACAGAAAAUAACAAGAGGAGUAACAUCUGCAUUAAACACCCUACAUCAGCAGGGUUUUGUGCAUGGUGAAGUCAAUCCACAAAAUGUUGGGGUAAAGUUGGAUGGUUCAUCUGUUCUGCUUUGUCCAGACUUCUCUAGGUCAUUGUUUGACAGAACCAAGAGGGGCUACAUGACCAGCCAUGGAAUGAUGUUCCAGGCUCCAGAGAUCUCAAAUGCUCAUCAGAGUGCACCAGUCCAGAUCACCGCUAAAACCGACCUCUAUCUGUUAGGCCUACUCAUCCUCUAUCUUCAUCAUCCAAGAUCUGUAAUCCCAGCAUCCAGAGAUGGAACUCCAAACUUGGCUGUCCUCUCACUGGACCCUGAGACUGGUUCUCUGCUGUACAAUUUACUGUGUGGAAAACCUGAGAUGAGAUUAGCAGCAGGUCACAUACUGAAGUCAGGUUAUCUCACUCGCACCAUGAAAGAUCACUCGCUGUCUCCAGCAUUAGAUACAAGCCCUGAACCUGUGCAGGAGUCCCAUAGUCAGUCUCAGGAAAUGACAGAUGGAGAACAGCUUCCAAUGCCCGACAUACCCCUCGAAGCAAGUGUGGAAACAAAUUCAGGUCUUACAUGUGAUGCUGUGGAGCAGGAAAUGACAGAGGACGAGUCACAGAGUGCUAGUUCCCCUACCUCAAAUACUGAUGUCAGAGAGGAGUCCCCUGAUGUCCAGAUCCUCUCUGAAGAAGUUUAUAUCGAGACUCAGGAAAUUUCAGAGGAUGGUUUACAAAUGAUGGAAGAGCUAACUGUUAAAACAGAGAGUGUCUUAAUCAGUGGAGAAAAAUUGUCUCCCUCAUUGCAGAAUCAGUGUAAUGUGGACUCCAUCCCUCAGAAUCUGGGAAUGGAUGAAAUAACUAGACAAACUGUUGACAAUGAUACUGUUGUUGAUCCAGAACCUGGUCAUAAUGGGCCAGCAAAUAACCCUGUAGGAUUGGUGGGAACUGGAAGCCACCAGACAAACCAGCCAGCCAGUCUGGAGGCAAUACUACAUGCUAAUGUCAGUGCAGCUUCUCCUGGACAAAGUAAAGUUCCAGUCCUCAGUCCCAGACCUGGCAGUGAAAUCCCCACAACAGAUCAGAAUGGGGCCUCAAGAAAGUCGUCACUGACUGAAGGAUUAAUGACCUCAGAGAAAUAUAAAACUAAUGUCGACAGACUGGUGAAGUCUCUGUCGGCUAUGAAGGCCAAGGAACAAGUAAUGAAGAACAUUCCUGGGAAGAAACAGAUCUAAUGGAGAUCCUGUAAACAUUUACAGGGGAAUUCCAUUUCUAGUCAGAGGAACUAUUGAUUUUACACAUUGAAGUACAAAAUUUCAGGUAGAACCGCAUCGUUUAUACAUUUCCAUGGGAACAAUUGUAUGUACAAUUUUUUGACUUUUUUAUUUGUGUUCAUUAAGCCAAGAAAAAGGCAAGGACAUGGGCAUUUUCUGUGUGUUGUGAAUCAUGAAGAAGAUAGGGCAGCAGAUAGUGUGUUCUCUCAUGUACAUUUUUUUUUAUUCUUCACUGAAAUGUUUUAAGGGGAAAUUUGUAAAACUUUUUAAGCAUCAUAGUUUUGUAGUCUUCAUUUGUAUACUUUUGUAUAUCUCUUUUCACUGCCAGUGUUUUGUAUGAUCUUUUUUUUAGAGGUAUUCCGUUUUGUAUCUUUAUUUUGGGCUGUUGCUGUUUUAUUCUCCGCGAGGUUUCUUUCCGCGGUGAUCUCAAAAUCAUUCUUCAAUCUUGCAGAAAUAAAAGAAAGAAAUACAUGUAUAUCAUGGUAUAUAUAUUUAAGAAUUUGAUGAUACAUAAUUAUGGAAUAAAAGGAGAAACCUGUGCAUGUUUUAAGCAGAAUGUUAUAAGCAGAAAUAUAAAAGGAAGAUAAAAAUGAAAAGAACUCUAUACAUGUAUAUCUUUAAGAAUAUGGUGAUACACAGUUAAGGAAUAAAUAACAAAACUUGUAUAAAUUAUAAGCUGAAAUAUAAAAAGAAAGAGACUUUGAGAAAGAGUGUCAAACGCUGUCUUGUGCAUGAGGUAAUUAAGUUGGAUUGUCCAUUUUCAAGUGUUCUUUGGAUUGUUCUUGAUGUAAAUGAGAACAUCACAUUUUUCUUAGUAAAAAUUGGCUCUGUUUAUUAAAAAAUACAAAGAAAUCAUAUAAUCAGUGUACCAGCCCACAAGUAUGUAAUGAAUUGGUUUAAUGCAGGAAUUGAUCAUCCUUUGCAUUGCAGUACAAAUAAGUAUGACGAAUUUAAAUGCUUUUACUUGUCACAAUUUGGCAUUUAUUGACCAGUCGUGUUUAUUGUCUUGCAGGGAAUUCUUAUAAUUUUGCAUCUGUCUUCACUACAUUUUGUAAGUUUUAUUACAAUAUUCUCUGUUGUAUUAGUUUUAUUUUGUAGUUUCUGUUUUGGUCAGGAAGUUGACCAUAGCCUAUAAAAUAAAUUUUGAAGUUAUUAAAUAGA